AUGGGAAGAAUCAUUUCUGAAAUUCGUGUGAAGAGAAAGCUUGUGGAAUCUCUUGUUCUAUCUAAGGAGUUAGCUAUUGAGAUUGGAAAGCCUCUGGAUGGCAGGAAUUUGAAGAAUAUGGCUUUGAUUUCUGAAGUUGUUGUUAUUCCUGAUGCUCUGGAUAUGAACUCAAUCUCUUCCAGGAUAUUGGAUCUUGCCGACUUUCCGGAUUUCAACAGUUUUAUAGAAAGUUCAAAGACAAUUACUUAUGAGAGAACAUCUUCUGGUGUUGCACGUGUUAUGGUUAAUCAAGACGGUCUUCAGAUACUCCUUCUGAAACUCUUUUCAAAAGAUAUUGCUGCUCAAGGACCCUCUGAAUCGUCCAAGGUUACCAAAAAAUCUAAGUUUUCAAGAACUUUGGAACCAGUGAAGGAAACUGAAGUUGAAGCUUCUGCUCCUGAAGCUUUUGAAAUUGUUUCUAAAGCUAUGGAGUUAGAUCCUUCUUCUCAUAACACUGUUACUAGUAAGUCCACUUUUGAGACUUCUUUACUACAUUUUGCAUUAUUUAAUUCAUCAACUUCCAGUCCCUCUCAAACAUCUACUCCACCACCACCUUAUGUUUCCACUGUUGGAACAAAGACAUCUCUCAUCCAAGAAAAUCCAAAAUUUUCAGUAGUUAUACAUUUUGAUCCUCAGCCAUCUCUACCAAAUCCAAAAACUUUCUGA